CAUCAAUUAUCUACAAAUUUUUUAACACUUUCUCACCCGCAAAUCACUGCAACCCACAACUCUCUUUCUCUCUCUCUAGUUAUUAAUGGAGAGGUAGGAGAGAGAGAGUGGGAGGCAAAAGGUUGAGAGAGACAGAGAGAGAAAAGCAUUGGUAUAUUGUAAUGCUCUAGGUGAUCACAGGGAGGAGGAGGAGGAAUUGGAAGCCAUGGCUUUUGUAGGAACAACCCAGAAGUGCACAGCCUGCAAUAAGACUGUAUAUCUGGUCGACAAGUUAACAGCCGAUAACCGGACUUACCACAAGGCUUGCUUCCGAUGCCACCAUUGCAAAGGUACCCUCAAGCUCAGCAACUUCAACUCUUUUGAGGGGGUUCUUUACUGCAGGCCUCACUUUGAUCAACUCUUCAAGAGAACUGGGAGCCUGGACAAGAGUUUUGAAGGAACACCAAAAAUCACGAAAACAGAAAAACUGUCCGAUAGUGAGAGUGCUACUGCCAGCAAAGUCUCCAACAUGUUUGGCGGCACCAGGGAGAAAUGCGUGGGGUGUAGCAAGACCGUUUAUCCAAUCGAGAGGGUUACUGUCAAUGGAACUGCAUAUCAUAGGAGCUGUUUCAAAUGUACCCAUGGUGGUUGUACUAUAAGCCCAUCCAACUACAUUGCACAUGAGGGAAAACUCUACUGCAAGCACCACCACAUCCAACUCUUCAAAGAGAAAGGCAAUUACAGCCAGCUCGAGAAUGAUAAAGAGCCCGCACCUGCUCCGGUAAUUGCAGCUGAAUCGUGAUCUGCUGGAACAAAUUUCUCAGUCUCUCUCUCUCAUCAUCCAUGUUAUUUAAGAGUCUCCUUCUUUCUCUCUCAUCAUCCAUGUUAUUUAAGAGUAUUUUUACUGCAUUAUGGAUUUAUUGAUGAUUGUAGCCAUAAUGUGUGCCCCUGAUUUGUCACUGGGUUGUUGUGUAAGUUUGUGAAAUACUGGAUGACUUGUGUGGUAUGACUUGUUCCACCAUUUUCAUAAUUAUAUGGUGAUCAUUAUGUUGCCUGGAA